UUGUGUGGAUGGAUGGAAAGCUGUAGCUAUAGGGGGGAGGAGGAGGUGCGGAUGAACUGAGCAGAUAAGAGAAGUGGCUCAUUGGCUGGCUGCUGCCUGUACAUAGCCCAUAUUUUUGUCAGAAACUAGAGGUCUCGCCGUUUGUGUUAACAGGUCGAAAAACAACGACAUCGCACCCCGGGAGCUACCGAGAGGACGGUAGCAUGAUAGUCGUGGAGGGGAAUCGGCAGGAAGAGGGCCCGUAUCUGCAUUUUACUGCGCCUACACCGAAUUCAUUGAGUCGGUAUUAUCAGCGUCCGACAUGGGGAAGGAGGUAAAUGGUGUUUCGCGGAGCCGGUUUGAGAUGUUCACAAACAGUGAUGAGGCGGUCAUCAAUAAGAAGCUGCCAAAGGAGCUGUUGCUGCGAAUCUUCUCCUUUCUGGAUGUGGUGACACUCUGUCGCUGUGCCCAGGUCUCACGGUCCUGGAACGUUCUGGCCUUGGAUGGCAGCAACUGGCAACGAAUUGACCUCUUUGACUUUCAGAGAGACAUUGAGGGCCGGGUGGUGGAAAACAUCUCAAAGCGAUGUGGGGGGUUUCUUAGGAAGCUGAGCCUGCGGGGGUGCCUGGGUGUGGGUGACAGUGCCCUGAGGACUUUCUCACAGAACUGCCGGAACAUCGAGCUGCUUAGUCUGAAUGGCUGCACCAAGAUCACUGACAGUACGUGUAAUAGCCUCAGUAAGUUCUGUCCAAAGCUGAAGCACCUGGACCUUGCCUCCUGUACCUCAAUCACCAAUCUGUCACUCAAAGCUCUCAGUGAGGGUUGUCCCCUGCUGGAGCAGCUCAACAUCUCCUGGUGUGAUCAGGUCACCAAGGAUGGCAUCCAGGCCCUGGUGCGCUCCUGCCCUGGACUCAAGGGCCUUUUCCUCAAGGGCUGCACACAGCUAGAAGAUGAGGCUCUGAAACAUAUUGGGGCUCACUGUCCAGAACUGGUCACACUCAACUUGCAGACAUGUUCACAGAUCACAGAUGAGGGCCUGAUCACAAUUUGUAGAGGCUGUCACCGCCUACAGUCUCUGUGUGUGUCAGGCUGUGCCAACAUCACAGACGCCAUACUUCACGCCCUGGGACAGAACUGCCCCCGACUCAGAAUAUUAGAAGUGGCUCGCUGCUCUCAGCUUACAGAUGUGGGUUUCACUACAUUAGCAAGGAAUUGUCAUGAGCUUGAGAAAAUGGAUUUAGAAGAAUGUGUUCAGAUCACAGAUGGAACACUCAUCCAGCUGUCUAUCCACUGCCCUCGUUUGCAAGUCCUGGUGAGUGUGUGUCUGCCACUUUUACGCCAAAUCGCAGCUCAUUUUAAGAGACGGUUGAGUAAUAGAGGCUCCUGUGUUGGUACCACUGUGUUCCUGCAGAGUCUGUCACACUGUGAGCUUAUCACCGAUGAUGGCAUCAGACACCUCGGCAGUGGCCCCUGCGCUCAUGACCGUCUGGAGGUGAUCGAGCUGGACAACUGCCCCCUGAUCACAGACGCCUCACUGGAGCACCUAAAGAGCUGCCAUAGUCUUGAUCGCAUUGAGCUCUAUGACUGCCAGCAGAUCACCCGCGCUGGUAUCAAGAGACUAAGGACCCAUCUGCCUAACAUCAAAGUGCAUGCAUACUUUGCUCCCGUCACUCCGCCCCCCUCGGUCGGGGGCAGCCGUCAGAGGUUUUGCCGCUGCUGUGUCCUGCUAUGAUGUAAAGACAACAACCCCCUUCCCCUGUCCCUGUGUCCCCCGUACACGCUCCCCGCAGCCCGUCACUUGACCCCUGACCUGCUGUCCCCUUCCCAGCCCCCCCGUCAUAGAGUACAUGCUGGUGUGUCCCCUUUUGGAGCGGCAGAGAGAGGGAGAGAGCCAAACAACGCUACAGGGUCUUGGGUAACAUUCCCAAAAAACAUUCCCAACUCUCCCCACCACACACACACACACACACACACACACACACACACACACACACACACACACACACACACACACACACAUACACACACACACACACACACACACACACACAGUCUUUUACACAAGUCAAUAUGCAGACAUACGGAUUAACUCUUAGAAGAAUGUCAGAACAUUCCUGGGCUGUGUUCAAUGGACAAACCAGUAUUACAAAGAGAUUUAUGUAAAAAUCAAAUGUGAUCACCACCAUUAAGGGAUUUAACUCUUCAUCUAGUGAAGUACAAAAAAAACUGUUUAAAGAAUUACAUGACAAGAUCUUCACAUCAGAAACCAUUGUCCUGUAUUUGCGAGCAGCCAGACUCUUCACUUAGCACUUUGAGACAAAUUACAGUGACAGCUUUUAAACAGAAUAUUAAACGGGCUGAAAGAUCCCACCUAACCUCUCGCACACACUUCCCUUUGUGUUGAAGGUCACUUAACCGCUACCUCUAGACGGGAACUGCACUUGAGUAAGACCUGUGUUAGUUUUGUUCUCCGGGCUGUUCAUUAAAAAAAGGGGGGGGCAGCGAUGCAAAGAGUUAACUGCCAACACCCCCAACACACACACACAUACAGAAAGCAGCAGAAAGCCUGUUUUGUGAUUUAAAAAAAAAAAAAAAGCAUACUUGCAGCUAUUUGCACUUACAGUAAAGCAAUGAUGAGACACUUUAAAAAAAGACGACCAUCUCGAAAUUUAAGACUGGCAUUUUACUAACAACACACACCAAUACAAAUCUUCACUUGAAUGCGUACACUGAGCUUGCUACACCUGUACCCUCGCCUCUCUCUGUCUCUCUGUUACAAUCAGAAGCUUCAAUAUACUGAAGAGGAAAAAAAGACAAAGCAAGACAAAGUUUAAUAUUUUUCUAAAAAUGGACACCAAUUAAGACUUACAAGUGGGGACUCGAGAAGAUGCCAAAUGUUGCAUGUAACACCUCUAGUUUUUUAAAAUCUAAUUGUACAUAUAUGAGGACUGUGGGAGUUCGAAAGUCGAAGCCAGCUCACAGUAACAGAUGACAAUAUGAGACGGGGCAGAGAUUGCUGUCGACGAGUCUCUCUGAGGGAACUAUCUCGAAGCUCACACAUGCUUGUUUGAGUACAGAUGUGUGUGAGGAUAUGUUCUGGAGAUCUGGAGAGUAAAAAAAAAGGAGCCAGGACCCAAUCUGGAUUUUUGGCAAAAGAACUGCUGCUGGCCUAUGAAAGCUCAACAACAGAAAAGAUCUACAGAUACUCUUUUGACAGAAGGAAAAAAACAAACUGACAUCACUACAUAAAUUCACGCUGUCAGACCAAGACAAUGGAAAGAAAAAGCCAACUGAAAACAAUCAAAAGAACGUCUAUUUUCAUUUUAGUUUGAUUUCAUUUAGUUGCUCUUGUUUUUGCAUCGGCGAUGGUUCCUGACGACGGGGAACUGGUGAACCACGCGCACAGCGGUGAGAGGAACGUGCCCGACGUCUGGAGUUGCAUCUGCGACUCCUCAACUCUGGUGAGGCCUUGCAAGGGACAGAGUGACAGCAUUUUUACACCCACCUGUGACCUCCGCCCCCCCUCCUGUGUCUGUCUGACCAGUGAUGCUGCCGGAGGCACCGACCCGAUCAGACCAGAGUCACUAAAAGAGGAAGUCAACUGAAUCUUGAGCGCACAAUUCUGGCCUGCUGACAGAUAUGAUGGAAUGAUUUUUGUCACAACAGAGGGCUAUAAUGGACUUCAGCCCCCCUGGCCCCCCACCCUAUGAAGUAUUGAAGCCUUUUCUUAUGGAAUAUCUUCUCCUGCACUUGCACCUGCUUUAUUCUGCGUCUCUUUUCUUCCCAUUUCAUUUAUAAAUGUGUCUUUUACUGCUUUUCUUUCUGAUUUCCUCUGGAACUCCACCUUUUUUCUCUUUCUUUGCUUUUCUGUUUUGGUGUGGUUUGGAUUGCGCCUGCUUUGUGUUUGAAGUCAUGAGUUCAGUGUCUCCAAGAUGAGUUUUGAGCCCUCUUCCAGCCCUCAGUUUUGAUCUGAGGGAGUUUGUGUUUUUAUUAAGAGUUUAUUGUUACUAAAUGUCCAGAGUGUAGCCUUUGUCCAGGGGGAGUGUUGGCACCAGUGCAAUUGUAAUAAAUGUUAAAUGUGAGUUGGAUAUUUUUAUGUGA